AUGGCGGGAAAAAUGGGUGAACUAGUAAGUUUCAAGGUACCUGGGUAUGCUUCCUUGCGCCGGAAUCUUCUUCAUCUUGCACCCAGAUUAGCAAGCCUUCCAGAAGAGGUGAAGAGAGGGUUAGAAGACCCUAAUAGUAGGUACAACUUUGGAUGGAGUCAUGGCAAAGAGAAGCUCGAGUCUGGAAAACCAGGACUGGACAAAACUUUUGAACCGGACCGAACCCGACCCAAACUGAAUUGUAUGUUGGGUUGCAAGCCCACAAGACUUCAAAGGAUAUGUGAUGUAGGAUUAUAUAAACACAAACAAAUAACCAGUCACAUAGGAGGAAAGGAGAGAAGUAGAAACCAGGGAGGAAAGAUGAAGAAGGAGAGAAGAGAAGGGGAAGAAGAGGGGCGGUGGAAAAGCCUGUGGCUUUCAACUCAUAUUCAUUUUUCAUCAAAACUUGGGGAUACAUUAGAAAAGGAGUCAAUUGGAAAUGAAACUGAUCAAAAGCUUGUGGGCAGCUUAUUUAUUUCUCUCACUGGACUAGAUAUUACUCUUGCAGUAACAGUUAGUCAAUUUAUGCACUUUACCUGUGAAGAGCAUAUGGAGCGUGUAAUAACAAGAUUUUCAGUCACUAGAAAGCUCUCCAAUAAAAAAUUGUUUUUCGUCAAGAAUAAUCACUUAAAUGUGGAAUGUAGCAACAUAAACAUUCUGGCUCCAUCAUUGACAGAAGCCAUUAUUGGUGGUCUUUCUAAAGAUUUUCCAGUGUUCUUUUUUGUUAGGUACCCUUCCUACUGUGGACGAAAUAUAUGGCCUCAGGAUGCUUUACCAGAACUUGAGUUGGCUUUUAAAGCUCUGGGAAAACUGAUUCUGGAUGUUGGAUUGCUGUUGGCGUAUCACUGUGAUGGUUACGUAUCCGAAGGGCUGAAGCACGACGAUGAAGGUCUUCAACGAAUUCUUCUUCGGUCCCGAUGUCAUAAAGGUCGCCUGCUUUAUUAUUUUCCUGCCCUUCAAAGGUACUUUUUCUGUUUACUCUUUUGCUUUUAUAAUAUUUUAAGUUCUUGGUUGGCCUCUCAGGCCCAGGGUGGCCUGACUCAUGAAAAUCCUGCUCCUUGGCUUGACCCAUGGGAACCCAGGCCCUGCUGUCAACAGUGGUGUGCAUGCAUGGAGUUCUGCCCAGGCCACAGAUUGCAGUAUCAAAUAGACUCUGCUUAUAGCGGUAAAUAUUAUAUGCGUGAAUUGAUAUUCCCCCCUCCCCUGAAAAUGUCAAUAAUCCAUAAUCCAAUUUUUAUAAUAAUUACAAUUUGUUUUUCGUAUGUAUUAGGGCUUACCAUGUUUCCAUAUUGUGCACCAAAAGGGGAGACAGCAUCUGGAGUUGACCGUUCGACAUUUGCAUUAUUCAUGCAGCCUGAUUGGGAUGAAAACCUCAAUUUUCCAGAUGUGGUGAAUAUUCACCAGGAGUUUCUCCAGCCUAAUGGAUCUCUUUCCUUCGGAGAGUACACAGAAAAGCUGCUCGACAAGUACUAUAACCUUAAAUCUUAAAGCGUAUUCUGUAGUGUAGAGCUAUUUUAUAGUUCUUACUAUUUUGGUGUCAAGAAACUAGUAGAUGUGGUUUCUUGUUCACCAAUAUUAAUUGCAUUUCUUCAGCAUUGUUAAUCUCUUAAAUGGUUCCGAAUAUGUUCUGGUACUGUGGUAUCCAUGUCUAUAUAUAGAGAUACAAGUUCCUUGUAUUGAGCUUA